AUGUACUACAUUUGCUUACAUGGCCCGAGAUUCCCUAAGAAGAGGACUACACUUUAUAUCCCAGCCAAAGAGAAAUAUGAGCAGGCCAACUCAGCCUUGAGGCAGAAGAGGAGGAAGAAGAAGGAGGCCUAUUUUAGUUACAUGGGGAAAAUCGUGAAGCAAACUCACCCAGACUUCAGUGGAUGCUCCUGGAUCUUGGAUGCACUGGGCUCUCUGGAGGAUUGGCUGCUGGAACGGGUUAGCCUGGAGGCAGUCAGACUGUCCUUCUACAACCACAGAAGAGCUGUCACCAGCAGAGAGAUCCUUGGAGCAGUUAAGCAGAGAUCCUCUUGGAAGAGCUUUUGUAUAAAUGAAGUGUUCUGAAUGGCUCUGUUGUUGAAAUGAUUGCACUUGUCAAAAAUAAUCAGAUGGGUCAGAGGACUGAGUUGGAAGGCAAGGUAUCUGAUAGAUACCUGUUGCAACAGGAGUCUUGGUGCUACACACCUGGUCUCUGGAUCCUGUGUUUUUAGCCUCUGACUUAAUUUGUAAAAAAAUAAAUAAGGCAUUUUGUUAUGCUUGUUGUUUA